AUGGACCUUUAUAGGCUUUUCUUUUCUCUUUUCCUUCUUGCUCUCCGGGCUCAUGCAUUCGCAUUUCCCGCUCCUGUUUUGACCAACGGAUCUGCUGCUGCUAUCGAAUGCAAAAAGCACACUGUUCACGAUGGCGACACCUGUAGUAGGAUCACCAGGGAGAAUAACAUCACCUAUGCACAAAUUCUCGCUUGGAACGACAAUCUCAGACCUGCCUGCACAAACAUGAAUGAUUUCUUGGGCAAGAAUAUUUGUAUCAGCAAUCCUUCAGGCAAAUUUUCUAUCCCCAAUAACUCGCGCGGAGCCACGACUACCAUCUCAACCCCGGCACCAAAGCCAACGCUGGUACUUAAAGCGACCAAUGAGCGUUGCGGGCAGUUCUACAAAGUAGCCAAAGGGGAUGAUUGUUCGACUAUUGAAGCUGAGUUUGGCACAUCGCUGAAAGAUUUCAUAUUUUUAAACCCAGAGGUCCACAGUAAUUGCACUCACCUUCUGCUGUACUAUUAUUACUGUGUCAGGCCAGUAGGAAACAUAUCUACUUACUCAGGAUAUGGCGGAGAUCAAACUGAUAACGACAUCUGGGUUGAGCUGCCUAUGAAGUCAGUACCGAGGAGGGACAUUAUGGCCUCGUAUAGGACCAGCAAGCCUAAAAUUCCGAUGGCAAACGGCACACGCCGAGAUUGUAGUUUGUACUUUUGGCUCGAAAAUGAUGAUACCGAUUGUUUGGGAUGGGCUUACCAGGCAGACACUUCACUCGAGGAGUUCAUGUUAUGGAAUCCAUCCUUGAGGGAGGACAAACAGAAAAUUACAUCUAGUGGCAGUAACGAUCCGCAGCCAUGUACGCUCUCUGCAAGCAGCUCAUACUGCCUCCUGCUGACCACCCCUUCUCCAAGUAAGACUUCUCCCGAUCCUGUUCAAAGUCCACCAAGUCCUCGAGCGGUUGGAGAGACUGCGAACUGCACCGACUGGUUUCUCAUAGGGCCCGAAACCACAUGCGACACAAUCAUGGGCCUUAACAACUUGAAUAUGAAAGAUUUUUGCUUAAUGAACCCUUCCGUUGGUAAAGAUUGCAAAGGACUAUCUAAAGGCACAUAUUAUUGUAUUUCGACAUACCCCGGCGGAAAUCAGCCUUACACCGAAGACGACGACGACGACGACGACGACAAUGACAAUGACAAGCACACAACAAUGACUGAUCCCGCGGUGACCAAGAGUGCUUCACAGACGUACACACAUGCCACUGCAACAUACACUGGCUUGCAUACGCCCACUCCAAGACAAAGCGGCAUGGUCGACCAAUGCAGCGGGUUUUACAAGGUGAAGAAAGGAGACGGAUGCUCCGGUAUUGCCGCUCAUGCGAAAAUCGACCUCGGAGACUUUUAUAAAUGGAAUCCAGCCGUCAAAGCUGACUGUUCUGGACUUCAAGCCGAGGUAUACGUUUGCGUUGAGCGCACAUGGCCUGAAAUCGCGCGAUCUGCAAUGACCUCCAAGUUGACGACAGCGGCUGGGCCCAAGAUGACAGUGACGGUGCCCUAA